AUGGACAAUCCUAAUCACCAUAGAAGGCAGAAUGACCCGCCUACCUAUCGCGCUCCUGUACAGAAGUAUCAAGUUCCAAGCUCUGUAGGCGGACCCUCUGAGCGCUUUCGAUCUGCACCACUUGCGUCUGCUUCAACGCCAAGAGGUCUGGGGGGUGCGCCGGCGUACAGCACAUAUUACCAAGAGCCCUCGGCCGCUUUUUCAACGCCAACAAAUAUGCCGACGACGGCUUUAGCGUAUGGGUCGGAAUACGGCGCCGAUUCAAGACCACAAACUCAAAGUUUCGGGGGCUACAACACGGGUAUGAUGAUGUACAACGUGCCUCAACCGAGCGCACAAACUCCAGUCUACGAUGCCCAACAGUUUGGGCAACGACAGCAGGCGACAAUGCAGAUGAUGGCACCGGAUGUCACCUCGGCAUAUUUUAAUCCUGAAGCAGGGAGUGCAGCAGCAGCAGGUAUGCAGCAUCCAAGCCAGGCAAGCAGUGCAUCAACCGGAGUAUAUCAACAGAGCCAGCCCAUGAAUUAUGCCGGCAGCAUGCCUUCUUCAAAUGCCAUGCAGCACACGUCUGGAACAGCAGAUCCCACUAUGGGAGAAGGGCAAGACUAUGCUACGUCGUCUGGUCUUCAAGAGAAGUGGUUAAACUACCAACGGCAGCUGGGUUCUGUGUUCCAGGACAUCUCGUCGAUCUCUCUAGAAAGGGCCGCUGAAACACUGUUAAAUGUCUCCAGCUGGCUGCUCAUGCAGGUUGCAGAAUUAGGGCUCAACCAAGACGACGCCAGCCUCCACGCCGAACGAAUCAAGCUCUGGAACGACUUCAACCACGCGUGGCUCGCCCUCUGUUUCCGACAGAAAGAAAUAAUGUCUUCCAGUCAGCAACUUUCGAGAUCACAGAGAAUCAUGUCCCAGGAAACAAUAAAGAAGCUAGGAGACGAGCUCAUUCGACUCUGCGAUGGUAUCGAGAGCCAUGGCUUAGUAGACUAUCAGUAUGGCGUGUGGGAGGAUCGAAUUGAGGCCAUUCUCGAAGAGUGCCUUGACCUCUACGACUCUCCCGAAUCGAACGCUAAUACAAGCGGAGGACCGCGCUGA